GAUUCCAACUAUAAGUGUAUUAUAUUCAUUAAUUUUUUUUCGUGAAUUUUGUUAUACAAAAUGAAAUUCCUUUUUUUAUUUUUAUUUUUUUUCUUAUGAAUUUACGUAAUGGAAUUUGUGUGUAGUAAUAAGAUAAUUAUGUGUUACAAAAUGUCAUUAAAUUGACAGAAUAUAUAAUUUCAAUUAUAUAUUUUUUUUAAAAAUUUAUUCUCAAUUUACAAAUGGUAUCAAAAAUUGUAACAUAGUAAAAUUGUGCAAAUGGCUCUGUUGCUAGUGGGUUUGAAUUGGUCUAAGUGUCUUGUAGUGUUCAUGGUUCAAAUCUUUCUAACUACAACUAAACAUUUUACUUUUUCAGAGUUUUUAAGUAUUAUUUUUUGUAAUAUUGAUAAUCUAUAAAAUGAAUUCAAAGAAAUUAAAAAAAAAGAAAGAGGAUAAUUUUCUUUUAAAUUUUAACAAUGAUAAUACAGAAGUUCUUGUUUUACCACCUAAUCUUUUAGAACAAUUAGGUAUUAAUUUGGGAAUUAUACAACCAGAUGUAAAUAAUCCUAUGAAUACUUCAAGUACAGAAACUUUGGACUAUAUAGUUUCAACUGCUCAGAGCGAAAAACAAUGCAUAGCAAUUGAAAAGCCUUAUGUUAAUAACUCUAGCGAAGAAACGUCUUUCCUUAAAAUAGCCAAUUUAAUGAAAGAAUCGGUGCUUUUAAGUCCUACGUUUAAUACAUUAAAGCCUAAUGACGUUUUAGCCGAAGAAGACACAAAUUAUUUAAAUAAUACUGAAAAAUUCAUUGAAGACAAACAAAUGGUUUCUGAUCAGCCCAAUUUAGUUCCAAAUGGCCAUUUAAGAUUACAUACAGAACAAACUAAAGAAUAUCCUCAUACAAAUAAUUUAGAUGUCAUAAUAGCUGAAAAUAAAAAAAUAAACAACAAUUGUGCAAAACUUACGCAAGAACGAAUCUGUGAUACUAUUUCUAAUACGGAUCUAGAAGCAGAUACUUUAAAACGCAUUAGCAAGUCACCCGAUAACUUGAUGUCUUUUGAGAGCUGUGAAUUUACAUUAGAUAAGUUAACAAACAAUAUAAAUCAAAUACCUACAUCAAAACCUAAUAAUAAAAUCAAUGUAUUGUCACAGGAAAUUUUAGAUGCUGAAAAAAUAAAACAACUCAAAAUUUUAAAUUCAGCUGAUACCAAAAUUUUAAAUUCAGCUGAUACAAAAAUCUUAAUUCCGUUGAAAACAGAUACACCAUUGUCUAAGCAUAACAUAAAUAUUACAGAGAAAACUAAUCUAAAAGAAUUAGAAUCGCAAAGUUCUUUCGAUAAAGAGCAACAGAAUAAUAUUAAAAGAAUAAAAAAGAACGAUAAAAUUCAAUGCGUAAGUAAAAAAUUUAUAUCCAGAAAAAGAGAACAUAAAUCAUCACACAAAUUUUAUAAUUCUAGUGGCAAUUUAGUGAAUAUUUCUAAUUCAGUUUCAAAAGAUGAGUUAAACCCCACAGACAAAGAAGAAAUAAACAAUUUAAAUUAUGAUGAUAAAAACAAUCAAAAAUGCUUAGAAAAAUUAGGUUUUGUGAAUAUUACUCACAAAGAGGAUUCAAAUAACGUAACACUAGCAUAUAUAUCCAAAGAUGCAAUAAACAAUAACACUUUUUCUACACCAGUUGAAUCUACAUUAUAUAGCAAGGAAAAUAUUAACGUCGUUCAUAUUCAUGAUCAUGGAUGUGACUGUAGAGAUCAAAAGUUUAAUUCAGAAGAAAAUAUUGUAACAUCGAAGUUAUGUUUACAAGGCGUUGAAAAGCCCGGUGGAGAGUUAGAAUUUUUUACUGUCAAUAGGAAUAUUCCAAUUAUAAAAACUUAUAAAAGUAAAAAGACAAAACCAUGUUAUCCUAAAACAACAACUCUGGAAAACUCUUUAGAAAAUAAUGUUGAUAUUGAUUACAAAUUAAAUGUACAAAAAGAUAAUAUCCAAGUUAUACCUAAAUUUUGUAUAUGUAAAGAUUUCGGUACUUUUCUUGGCUUUAAUUCAGAAGAGGUAGAGCUGGGUUAUGAACAUGUUCAUUUUUUGAAGAAGUCGAAAACAGAUUGCUCAUUAUACGACUUGUUUAGCAUUUCUGAGGAUAAAUGUAGCACAUUUGAAGAAAAUAUAAAUGAAGACAGGAAUAUUCAGAAUCUUGAUGGCCAUUUUAAAGAUAUUGUUAUAAAUGAUCCAUUUGACAAUAAUAUUUGUUGGCAUCACAUUGAAAGUAUUAAUAAAAAAAGUGAUCUAGAUAAUAGUUUAUCAAACGAAUUCAACCAAAAUGCAACAAUAGAACAAGAUGAAUCCUUGAAAAAUAUUUGUUUAGGGACCAAUGAAAACUAUUUACAAACAAAAACUGUUAUUGAUAAAGAAAAUCUUACUGAUGCAUAUAAUAAAUGCGAAAAAGUUACUAUAAAUAAUGCAUUAAACAAAGUAUCUUCGAGAGGCAGUGAUUGUGUAAAUAUAAAAACGACGGUCGAGAUACAUAAUUCGAGUAAGGCAGAGGAACACGAUUCAUGUGAAAAAAUGUUAUUGCAACAGGAUUCAACUGAAAAUGCAUCAAAGAAAAGAAAAAGAAGUUCGAAUAGUCAAUCUAAUGAUCAAAUUUUUUCGAAAAAACAAGUAUUGGAUACCAUUAGAUGUGAAAUUUGCGGUAAUAGAAUAGCAAGGAUAAAAUGGGAAGAUCACAUUUCGAAAAAACAUUGCUUUAUAGCAUGGAAAGAAAGUGAAACCUUUAAUUUCGAAGACAAAAAGUUGCUUCUAAAAUUAAAUUGGAGAUUAAGCGAGACUGGAAAGUUGGUGUGUACGUUUUGUGACGACAAUCAAAAUGACUUACAAAAGUUUAUCGCCCAUGUAAAUGCAUGUAUAAGUAAAAGAAGCUCUGUUAAGAAAUAUGGGACACCAAGCAGAAGACAGGAAAGAAAUAUUGAUAUAGAUCUAUCGGCUUCUCAAAGUAUUUUUUUGGUGACGUGCGGAGUUUGUCAGAGCGAGGUUGAAGAGAAUUUAUGGUUUGAGCAUAUUAGUAAAGAACAUAAUUACUUAGCCUGGGAACAAGGAGCGGAUCCCGUGGAUUGCACGGAUGAAGAAAAGGUUUUAAAUUUUUUGAAAAUAACUAAGAAAACUAUUGGCCCCUUAGAAUGUAGCUAUUGCGGUGUAAAACGUACAAAUGUAGCAUGCUAUAUAAAACAUUUAAAAAGUUGUGCAAAUAUUGAACUAUUGUCACCGAAAUCAAAAAUAUAUAGAGAAAAUGAAAAUCGGUCUGAAUCAGAGAAUUCGUCGAAACCUACAAAACGUAAAAGACUAUCGAAAUGUGAAAUUAAGCACGAACAUGUUACUUGUGGGGUGUGUCAUAUAAAAGUAGAAAGUCACAAAUGGGUUGAUCACAUAUGCAAAAAACACGCCUAUUUAGCGUGGAAGGAAGAGGAAGAGGAAUUGGAUGUGAACAACGCAGAGGAAGUAAAUGACCAUCUUUAUUCGAUAUCAAAAGAAAACGACGGAUUGGUUUGUGCCAAAUGUGGUAUUCGUCGUAAAUAUGUCAAGUCAUUUUUAACCCAUAUACAACAAUGUACUGGGCAAUCGACUUCGCAAGACACUACUUUAGAAGUUACGCUCAAUGAUAGUUCUAUGUUGGACGUGAUUGAUAGUACAGCAUCUUCAGACGACGGUGAUGGUGAAAAAAUUGUUAAAUGUGGAGUUUGUCACAAAGAAUUGGAACAAAAAUAUUGGCAAAAUCACCUACAAAAGGAGCACGCUUAUCUGGCUUGGAAGGAAGGACAACCAGCUUUGGAUGUGAACAACGCAGAGGAAGUAAAUGACCAUCUUUACUCGAUAUCAAAAGAAAACGACGGAUUGGUUUGUGCCAAAUGUGGUAUUCGUCGUAAAUAUGUCAAGUCAUUUUUAACCCAUAUACAACAAUGUACUGGGCAAUCGACUUCGCAAGACACUACUUUAGAAGUUACUCUCAAUGAUAGUUCUAUGUUGGACAUGAUUGAUAGCACAGCAUCUUCAGACGACAGUGAUGGUGAAAAAAUUGUUAAAUGUGGAGUUUGUCACAAAGAAUUGGAACAAAAAUAUUGGCAAAAUCACCUACAAAAGGAACACGCUUAUCUGGCUUGGAAGGAAGGACAACCAGCUUUGGAUGUGAACAACGCAGAGGAAGUAAAUGACCAUCUUUAUUCGAUAUCAAAAGAAAACGACGGAUUGGUUUGUGCCAAAUGUGGUAUUCGUCGUAAAUAUGUCAAGUCAUUUUUAACCCAUAUACAACAAUGUACUGGGCAAUCGACUUCGCAAGACACUACUUUAGAAGUUACGCUCAAUGAUAGUUCUAUGUUGGACGUGAUUGAUAGUACAGCAUCUUCAGACGACGGUGAUGGUGAAAAAAUUGUUAAAUGUGGAGUUUGUCACAAAGAAUUGGAACAAAAAUAUUGGCAAAAUCACCUACAAAAGGAACACGCUUAUCUGGCUUGGAAGGAAGGACAACCAGCUUUGAAUCUAGAAAAUGAGCAGGAGAUUAUGCAGCACUUGAACGACAUGAAUAAAAAGUAUAAUGGUUUAGUUUGUAAUAAAUGUGGUUUAACUAGAAAGUAUGUGAAAGUAUAUUUAUCUCAUGUCAAAUCUUGUGAAUCUACACUUGUUUCAAGUGCUCCACCAAGACAAGAAGGAAUUAUUAACAAAGAUUCUUAUGAGUGCGCCGUUUGUUCUGAAGUAGUUGAUCCGAAAAAUUGGAAAUCUCACGCAAUGAAGAAACACUAUAACAUUGCUUGGGUUGUAGGCGAUUAUCCAAUCGACUUAAAAAAUCCCUAUGUAGUAGAAAAUUACUUAAAAGAAUAUAAAAAAUUCAACAAGAAACUUGAAUGCUUCCUGUGUGGCAUUUCAAGAGUCUCGCUUGUCGGUUUCUAUGCUCACAUCAUACAAUGCGGGAAAAGCGAAACGGAGAUAGAAGAAUACAAAAACCAUUGUGAUAUUUGUAACUCUAAAUAUUUGUGUAUUUACAAAAAUCAACAUAUUCAAUUGCAUAGAGAACAAGAGUAUGCCAAAGAGCGAAAAAAGUUAAUGGAGGAGUCAAAGAUGAAAUUGGAGGCAAAGUAUGAAAAUGAUUUUCCGUCUGAGGGCAGACUGGCUGCUAAAAGGGCUAGGAGUUUUAUUGGAAAAUACCAAAAGUUCGAAUAUAAUUGUCCUUUGUGUGGUUUUGGAACUGACGAAGAAAAUGAUUUGGAAAAUCACAAGUGUGGAAAAAAGGAAUAUAAAGAUUAUAGUGAUUCUGAAGAGUCCAUGCGUAUAGAUGAAUCGUCUGAUGAAUCAGAGGAAGUAGAAUCAAAUUCAUCAUUAUCAGAAAAUGAAUUAAGUCACACUGUAAGGAGGCAUGGUGAUUCAAAAUCAUUUUCAACGGUGAUAAAGCGUAUUCCGUUUGAAAUACAAAAUUAUAAACAUUACUUGAACCAGAGUGCUGAAGAAUUUCGCAAAAUACAUUACACCAAUGAUACACUGUAUCCUCAAUGGCGAAAUUGCAAGUAUAAGGCCAUUCCUGAUGAAGAUAUAUCUAAAUACAUGCCGCCUAUAAACGAGUCUUGUAAAUUGUUAACUAGUCAAAGUAAUUGGAAGACUCUCAAUAAGUUUGAGGCUAUGAAGAUAAAUGGUAAGUGUUCAAAAAACACAUUAAUUUGUGUGCUAUGUUCAUUACUGGGUGCGUCGAGUCUUGGGGAUGUGGGGGUUGAAAGGGAUGUGGAGAUUGAAGGGGUUGAAGGGGGUGAUGGGGAGCGACAUUUUCUAGCGGUGAGCUGCUACAACGACAGCGAUUCUCCGCGUCUCGACAGUUCGCAGACUUUCAGCCAAGCCAACAUGUUGCAGAUAUGGGAUUUUGGAAAUCUGACAACUUCUGUUCCUAAGUUUGCACUUGGAAUAGCCCACGACUAUGGCUUUGUUUGGUCUAUCGAUUGGUGUGCAUCAGGAUCGAGAGACCUACAACAUUCGAAGACAUUCCAGAGGCUCGGACUCUUAGCUGCGGCGUGUUCUAAUGGAUUGGCUUAUAUAUUCUCAAUACCUUACCCCGCUUCCAUAACUGACAGCGAUAAAAUAAUUUAUAAUUUAACUCCAGUAGCUGAGUUAAGGCUAUGUCGAGGUGAACGAAAAAAAUUUCAAGCCACUGCGAUAAGUUGGUCUCCUCAAAGAGGUCAUUCGGUGGUCUUGGUCGGCUAUUCAGAUGGAACUACGGCUUUGUUUGAUUUGGAGAGUGAGUCACCUCUCUUGAAAGAAACUUUAGAUGGAGUAGAUAUUUUUUAUCCAUUCAUCGACGAGCGCUCUCAUAACUCAAGUAUAACCGGCGUGAGCGUGCUAGCGGGCGGGCACGCGGGGCGCGCGGCGCGGGCGGGCGCGUGGGCGCGCGGCGCGUGCGCGGCCAGCAGCGCGUCGCCGACGGGCGCGGAGACGGCGCGGCGGGGCGCCAGCGCCGUGCGCCUGCGCGCGCACCUGCCCUGCUCCGCCGUGCUGCACUACGAGCUCUGGCCCUCCGCGCUGCUCGCCGAGAACGACUGCAUCGUGACGCAGGCCGUGAACGAGCUGGACUGGUGGGGGCGCGGCCAGCGGCUGGGCGCCGUGCACGCGAGCGCCGCGUGCGCGCGGUGCGGCGCGCUGGCCGCCGCCGACCCGCCGCUGCUGCGCCGCGCCACACCGCACCCCGCGCGCGCCGCGCUCGACAAGGAGCGCGUAGCAUACAUAAAUAUGACUCCUCUGGCCACAAAGCAAACGAAACGGAAGAUUGAUGAACUAGCGAUCAAGAUAGAGCCCCGAACUUACGAGGACGCAGUGAAGUCAUACGGAAUAGAAUUUAAAUACAUAAAAGAACUUGAUAAGAAUCGUCUUAAACAGAUAUACAAUCAACCGAAGGAAAACUGUCCCGAGAGAUUUCCUCUUAACGAAAUUCCGUCAAUGGCUUUCAAUCCUUCACCGAAACAUCACAAGAAACUGGCUGUCGCAACACACGCAGGCUUCAUUUUCUUAUUAAAUAUUUAAUCGUUUUACAAUAGUAAUCGUUUGUUCUACAUUUUAAAUAAUAUCGUAAACGAAAAUAAAUCGAUUUUUAUGAAAUCUCACAA